ACAUCAUCACUCCGCGCGCACCUGACAUCAUCAUCAGUCGCCGUUAAAGCAUGGCGAUCCAGCUGUCAAGUUCUGCAGGAUGCUAACCGGUUUACGGUGGUUUUUGAACAUUUAAAGUGACUUUUCCUGGAUUCCUAUUGUACUAAGCUGGUUCCGUCUUCAUGGUUUAGUUGUUUAUUUGCGUUUUUAUCCUCAUCAGCUGAUUCUUGGCUGCUAGAGAGAGCCAGGUAAACAACAACAUGCUCUCUGUGAAGGUUAUAGGCUAUCUGGCUUCGGCUGUUUACCGUCGUGAGUUUAUCAAAGUGUCUGUCUGCUGUCCUGUUCAUCGUUGUGUCAGUCAGACUCGCUUGUGUCGAGCAGCAGCAGCUUCUCCAGAAGAGACUAUUAUUCGUAUUCCUCGCUCCAUGCAGAGGCAGGUUGAAAGUGUGAAACAGACUCGAGGCAGAAACCAGAUCAACACCAUCAAAGCAGGCAAGCUCCUGAUCCAGAGCAAGAACCCAACUCUGAACCAGUCUGUAGCGUACACACUUGGCAAGUUCGAGCAGCCUGCUCUUUGCACACAAGGAUGGAAACACAACAAAUCAUUCGGUGACUAUUUCUCCAUCAACAACAUCAAGACUGUUGCACCUUUUGUUGCAGAAAAUCACAAUGUUGGUGAUGAACAGAAAGCAGCGGUGACGUUUAACAACUUCCACAUCUGCAAGGAGCUGGUGGAGGCUUUGGACAAUAUCAACAUCACCCAUCCCACCACUGUGCAGCUGCAGACCAUCCCAAAGGUCAUGAAAGGUCACAACAUUCUCUGUGCUGCGGAGACGGGCAGUGGGAAAACACUGAGUUACCUGCUUCCCAUUCUUCACAGGCUGCAGGCUGAUAAAGAGUCGGAGAUGUACGCUGCGAGUGCACGCAAGAUUCGUGCCGUGGUUCUCGUGCCUUCCAGAGAACUGGCCGAGCAAGUGGCGGCCGUGUCCAGGACUCUGUGUGCUCCGUUAGGCUUGCUGACGAGGACUGUGGGUGGUGGGCGCGGAGUAGGACACAUCAAGGAAGUCUUCAAAAGGGAUCAUCCAGAUAUUUUAGUGGCCACGCCAGGUGCUCUGGUCAAGGCCCUGCAGAGACGCUGGGUGGACUUGAGCGAGCUGAGCUUCUUCGUGGUGGACGAGGCCGACACCAUGUUCGACCCCAGCUUUUCUGACAUGCUGGAGAACAUCCUGCUCCGCACAAACAUCGCCAAUGGUCCCAAGGAAACACGAGGCCUAGGCCAUAAAGCCCAGCUGCUGGUGGUGGGCGCCACCUUCCCGGGUGGCGUCGGGGAAGUGCUCAGCCAGGUGACGGACCUCGGCAGCAUGGUGGUCAUCAAGAGCAAGAUGCUGCACUUCCUCAUGCCACAUGUCAAACAGACGUUCCUGAAGGUAAAGGGCGCUGACAAGAUCUUGGAGCUCCACCAAGCCCUGAAGCUGCUCCAACAGGAAAGAGGAGGGGGCGCCGCUCUGGUGUUCUGCAACAAGUCCGCCACCGUCAACUGGCUGGGGUACUCGCUGGAAGAGAUGGGGGUGCAGCACGCACGUCUGCAAGGGGAGAUGGCUGCUGCCGUGCGGGCAGGAAUCUUCCGCUCCUUCCAGAAGGGCGUGGCCGAUGUGCUGAUAUGCACCGACAUCGCUUCACGUGGCCUGGACACAUCUCGAGUGCGCUUGGUUGUCAACUAUGACUCCCCAGAGUCCCACACAGACUACAUUCACAGGGCAGGGAGAGUGGGGAGGGCUGGAGGAGUGGAGGAUGGGGAGGUGCUCAGCUUCGUCACUCAACCGUGGGAUGUGGAGCUGGUGCAGAAGAUUGAGACCGCUGCACGGAGGAGAACUAGUUUGCCAGGCAUGGAAUCUGAGAUAUCUGAGCCAAAACCCAAAGUAGCAGAAGCAGAGGAGUAGUUUUUUUUUUUGUAUGUUUGCAAGUGGAAAAGCCUCUGGUGGGACAUGUUACUGUAUGUGUUGUGUUGGGAUGACAAACUCAAAGGUACAAAACAUUGUCAGCAGAAACAGUGAGCUAGAUUUGUUCAAAACAGAAUUACAGUAGCCUUUUUCUUUGGCCACUAUGACUUAAAAAUCUUUUCUUUUUUUUUUUAAAUCACUUUUUUGAAAGAAUUAAGAAUGAAAUUGCCCAGUUAUGGUUGAUCUCACAAGGGAUGGACAUUCUGCUGAACACUAAGCACUAACAUAAAGCAUGAUAUUAAUGAGAAUGUGGACAGUGUGUGCUUUAUGUCUAAAUGUAAUGUUGCUAUAGUGUCAAUAAUGUUAUACCUACCCUAUAUUUCCUAAUGUAAAGGUUUUUUGUGCAGACUAAUCUGCAUAUAUAGACUAUAUAGAUAUACUUAUCACAAUAUUUUUGUAUUCAAUUGUUGCAGUUUUUUGUUAAAAGUGCUUGGACUUCAAAGUAAAAUCUAAUUGCAUAUUUUU